AGCUCUCCCCGAGUCCCAGCUUCCCUCCCACAGCCCACACCACCACCCCGAGUGCAAAGAGAGCAGCUGCUGCUUUCAGCAGAGAUGGAAUUAGCCAUGUCUCCAAACCUUUCCUCCUCUUCCAUUUCUUCUCUUGCUGCUUCUCUCAUCGCUACUGGUCCUAAUUCCACCUCCUCUACUGUUGCUCCUGCAGCAGCUGUCGCCAUUGUAUCGAAAUGCACGGUCUAUCCUGACCGCGAGUCCGACCUCGGCGACCUCCCGCUCUCGGUUUCCGACCUCCCCAUGCUGUCGUGUCACUACAUACAGAAGGGGCUCUUCUUCCUCCCUCCGCCAGUGCCCAUCGCCUCGCUCGUCUCCCUCCUUACCUCCUCCCUCUCCCGCGCUUUCUCCCUCUUCCCUGCCCUCGCCGGCCGUCUCUGCACCCUCCCUGACGGUCGCAUCUUCAUCUCCUGCAAUGACGCCGGCGCUGAGUUCUCCUACGCCACUGCCGCUUCCUUCUCUCUCCCUGACCUCCUCCCUCCCUCCUCCGACGUGCCGUCGGCAGUCAAGUCGCUCUUCCCCUUCGACGGCGCCGUCAGCUUCCACGGCCACUUCCGCCCGCUGGCCGCUUUCCAGCUAACGGAGCUCGCCGAUGGCGCUCUCUUCCUCGGCGCAGCCGUCAACCACGCCAUCGUCGAUGGGACGUCCUUCUGGAAUUUCUUCAACGCAUGGGCGGAGCUCUGCCGCGGUGGCUCCCCCGCGCCGCCGGACUUUCGCCGCAACUACUUCGGCGGCUCAAAGGCGGUGCUGCAGUUUCCGGGCGGCCGUGGCCCGGAGGUGACGUUUCCCGUGGAUGCGCCACUUCGGGAGCGGAUUUUCCACUUCAGCCGGGAGGCCAUCGUCGACCUCAAAUCGAGAGCCAACUGCCGCGCCAAAAGUGUUGCCGCCGGAGACCUCCCAAAUACGCAGAUUUACGGCGAGAACAGCUACGACCGGAAGACGGUGGCGUCGAACGAAGAGGAGGAGAUCUCGUCCUUCCAGUCGCUGUGCGCCCACGUCUGGCGGUCGGUGACGCGGGCACGGACGCGGCUGCCAGCAGAGGCCACAACCACGUUUCGGAUGGCGGUCAACUGCCGGGGCCGGGUGGCGCCGCGGGUGGCGGCGAACUACUUCGGAAACGCGAUCCAGAGCACCCCGACGAAGGCGUUGGUGGCGGAGGUGGCGGGGCGGGACCUCCGCUGGGCGGCGGAGCUGCUGCACCGCAGCGUGGCGGAUUACGGGAACAAGGCGGUCCGGCGCGUGGUGGCGGAGUGGGAGGCGGCGCCGCGGUGCUUCCCGCUGGGGAACCCCGACGGCGCGGGGAUCACCAUGGGGAGCUCCCACCGGUUUCCCAUGUACGAAGGCAACGACUUCGGAUGGGGCCAGGCGGCGGCGGUGCGGAGCGGCCGGGCCAACAAGUUCGACGGGAAGAUGUCGGCGUUCCCGGGGCGGGAGGGCGGUGGCAGCGUGGACCUGGAGGUGUGCCUGGCGCCGGAGACCAUGGCCGCGCUCCUCCGCGAUGACGAGUUCAUGAGCUACGUCUCCCCGUAGAGUCUCGACGAAGCCGUAGAAGUUGCCGUUCGGCUGCUUCAAGCUAUCACAUCUCGAUCGUGUUGCUCUCCGGUGUACUCUGUUGGUUUCCUUGUUUCCAAUUCCAAGUUGCUGUGGUUCAACUUUACUGCA